CAUUUAUAAUCCUGUUUUCUACUAGCUGGUCCUGAAAAGAGAAGAAUUAUCUGAGUUUUCAUUUGUUUUAUUUAUUAAUUUGAUAAAAGUCUCUCUGCUUUGUUUUUCAGCAGGAAUAAUUUGGCUCUGCUACCGUUAAACCACAUUAAUACGUACAUCUGUGCUGGAGUACAGUUAGAGACAGUAUUUGACAAAGGGGCCCUUUUGCGGUUGCCUUUGAAAUUAACGUUCAGGAAUGGACAAUUGUUUCUUUUAAAACACAUUCAUUUAUCUUAGGCACCCGAAACCAUGGCUUGCUGUGCUAGAUGUAAGGUCAUGUGUUUUAUUUUCACAAAUUUAAAAUACCCAGUGUAACUCUGAAGCCUAAAGUGGAAAAUGGUCUUCUAUUUUCUUUCCCUCAGGAACAGAGUUAUGCUGAGAAUGUGUGAGCAGAUAAUAGCCAUAUUCAAAACUUCAGGCCAGAUGUCUUCAAAAUCAUACUAUCACUCAAAUUAGUUAAAGCAUAAACAAACAUUUGUGACUGACGUAGCUACUUCAAAUAGGCUAAUGCCUCAGUCAGCGUUCCUCAUUUUGGAACAGACUGAGAGAAAGCAGAAUCAAAAUGAAGAAGCUGCUUGUGGUUGUCUUCUUUCUGGUCCUCAUGACCACUCUUACAGACACUUCACCAAUUUUGGCUGCAAAAGAUGCCAAACAGAUUCUGAGAACUCGUCGUGAAGACAGACCGAGAAAAGCUGGUUUCCCUGAUGAGCCAAUGAGGGAGUAUAUGCUUUACCUCCAGCGCUUGGAGCAGAGAUCAGAAGAACAAUUCCUUGAACACUGGUUGAAUCCGCAUUGCCUCCCACACUGCAACAGGGAUUUAGUGCAUCCAAUCUAAUGGUUUUGCCUACCCUGCAGUCGGUAUAUAUAUAUUUCUCUUACAGUGUGUAUUUUGUUUUUCAUAAUAAAAGGCAGAGCCACAAACUGGAAGACAACCAAUGGCUGGAGGAAGUACCUUGUGCUGAAAAGCAUCUGGCAACAGAGCAGUGGCAGGGAACAUAAGGGCCCUAGGCAUCAACUGUGCCACGGUACCUCUGUUUGUGUUAAUGAAACAUUUGAUUAUGCAUUUCUCUGCUAUAUGGAUACAAGUUGGUGACUGCACAACGUUCUUAUUGAUUUUGCUUCAGAUUGCCCCUGUUUUUUCCUGUCUGCUUGUGCUCCUUUUCCAACUCAUCUAUUUAAGCCUUGUACUUGUUCACUUAGCUCUUGCUGGGACUGUGGCAGGAUUAAACUCACCAUUGUCGUCCCUGAGAUAUUUAAGAUGGAGUCUGUCCUGCUAAGAGUUGAGCCUGUUCUGCAGUAUCUCAGCUGUAAUAAUUUGCUCGCUGCUGAUUUUUAAAAUGGAAUUCAUUAUUUAGUACACAUGCUGGUAAACAUUAACAUAGAACAUUUUUACAGAGCUUGCAUGGAUUAUUAGUUCUGUUUAUUAUUUUCAACAUCAGUGUAAUAGCAUCAUUUGCUUUAUUGCCUCUGUUUAUCAUAUGCUUCAUAGAGUUCAAUGGGAAAAUAUGCUCCAAAGCGCAGCUCAGAAACCCGGCACUACUCACAAGCCAAUCAGCGACAAAACGACACAUCCCAAUAGUUUGUGAUACGGUCAUCCUUUUUUUCCCCUGUGUGCUCUGCAUGCAGUAUCAACUUAUCACUACAUUAAAAAAAAUGUGAUGUAUUGAGGUAAGGAACGUAUAGAACUGUAAAAGAUAAGUAUAAAUCAUAAACUCUUCCAGUUACCCAACAGCCAUUUGUGGUGCCAAAAAAAGAAGAUAAACCUAUAUCUCUACAUUUUUAUAACAGCAUAAGCCUUCCUGCUUACAUUCCUUAAACAGACAUGAAAUUUGUUGACUGGGAUAAAUUUGACUCAUCGCCAUAAUAGUGAUGCUAUAUCACUCACAGUUAACUUUUUAAAAUAAAAGUCGCAGAUUGAGCUCCAUACUUUCAAAAGCAUUUAAGGAGUAGAAUACAGAGGUGGUGUCUGUCAUGGCUGAUCUGUUUCAAAAGACAAAGUUUGUCUGCUUAAAAUUCUGUUAUCUAUUUGUACCUGUACAUAUCUAAAUACCUUUGAAAAUCUGGAUGUCGUGGUAGACUUCAAUGGAGCUGUUAAUCCACAAGAAGCCAAAGGUCUGAAACUUAUUUAAAAACAAAAACUUAAAAUUCCCAAACCUUAGCCCUAGGAGGUAAGUUGGCAGUUUUCAAAAAACCUUCCAGCUGAGACACAGUUGAAAGCUGGCUCACUUAGCAAUUCUAAUUCUCCUCAAUAGCUGCUCACAGGCAAUUCUGAAGAAUUAAUGUUAGAAAAGCGCUUAAAUGAUUUGAAGCCCUUUGUUUGUUAUUAGUAUGGCCAAUGUCAGCAUGUUUUUAAAUUAUAUUUUCUUUUUUUUU